GGCAGACUGAGCAGGCUCGCAUGCCCCAUCCUAUCCGCGCCCCUUGAAGCUGCGUCGACGUUUGGGCUCUUGCGAUAAGGCUCAACAACAUUAGACUCCAGACACCGCCUUGCACGCUUCCUCGGCCGCCCCCGCCUCGCGCCCUCGCCGCCAGCGACACAGUCGCCGUGUCGUCGCGUCGUCGUCGUCGUUGUCGUCGUCCAUCGAGCCCUCGCCCCGCCUCUUGUUCCUUUCCUUGUAUCGCCCUGCACACGCGGCAUGGGAUCACUUCUGGUGAGCGAUUUCGGUGGAAACCACUUUCACACCAACAUGUUUGGCACCGGCACCACACAUCAGCAGACACCGGACGCUCCUGCCGCCCAUCACACGCCCGUCCGGCCCUCGCCCUCGUCCGCCGCCAAUGCGCCGCGUGCAGUCGCUCCGCCCGCUGAUGUCCCCAUGGCCGAUACAGGAGCCCCGCAGUCGAGCUCGACUCCAGGCCAGCGAUCGCAGCACAACAGCUCCCAACUCGGCACCGGCACCGCCGCGACACAGCAGCCCGCGCCCACGCCCCCCAGCCCAUGCUUCCGCCCGCACUCACAGCAGCCCACGCCUUCUGGCUCCGCCCCCGCCUCGGGCGCCUUCACAAAUACGCGACCCGUCGCUUCGACGGCACCAGCUCCCGUCCAGCCCUCGCCCGCCCACUCCUUGCAGUCGCCUGCAGCCUCGCCAACCCGGAUCAAGGUCAAGAGCCUCUCGCACAUCCAGAGCUUCGCCAUCGACGAAUCCAGCCCCUUCUCCCAGACGCGAUCGCUGGCACGGCGGCAGCGGCGAGACCCUGCAGAUGUCGGCCCACAGUACGAGAUCAGCGAGAUGCCCGUGUCUGAUAUCAUCGAAAUGGUGGCCGGCCUGUUGACCAAGAUCACGACCACAAACGACCGACAACACGACCACUUGCACCGUCAAAUCCCGCCCCCUGAAGGCACAUCCGGCCUGAGCCAGCAGACGACCAGCGUUCUCGCCUUCCACGGAAAGAAUGUGCCCAGUAUCUCUAUCCUCAGCUAUCUCAGCAGAAUCCACAAGUACUGCCCCACCACCUACGAAGUCUUCCUAAGCCUCCUUGUCUACUUUGACAGGAUGACUGAGAGGGUAAAUGCUGGCCCAUUGUCUGGUCUUCGCAAGGCUAACCAACAGUCUGUGGAACGCUCCAAAUCUGCACUGUCGGCAAGCUCGACCAGCCCAGAUGUCAUCAAACCCGAAUCGGCUUCGGCUCAGGCCGCAACACCUCCCCCUUCAGGGUCGCUGGGCAAGCCAUCCGAUGCGCCAACUGAUGGUCCUCAGCCACCGUCUCCCCCUCAGCAGAACCUCAACGCAGACGCUGCGUUGAACCUCUCGCACUUUUUUGUGGUUGACAGUUUCAACAUUCAUCGUCUGGUCAUAGCAGGCGUUACGUGUGCAAGCAAGUUCUUCUCUGACGUAUUCUACACAAACUCACGAUACGCAAAGGUCGGCGGCCUGCCUUUGGUAGAGUUGAACCACUUGGAACUGCAGUUUCUGCUGUUGAAUGACUUCCGUCUCGCUGUUCCCUUGGAAGAGAUGGAAGCAUAUGGAACAAUGCUGGUGGAAUUUUAUGCCCGUGAGGUAGCCGAACAGCACGAAAGAGAGCGUGCCAGCAAACAACAAUAGUGCAGUCGGUUUGAGCAAACUCUUCCAAGACCGACUCAAGCCGUGUGGCAAACACGACAGAGAUGAGCAGUGCGACGACAGUUGGUCCCUGCUGAGCAAGCAGGAUGGUACUGCAUGCCGAACUAGAAGAGGAGCAGGCGACAUGACUUGUGUACGGCAUGCAGCUUACCAACUGCACGCAUUGCGACCAAAUUUUCCGUGACCAGAGUCUUUGUGCUCUGGUAUAAUUUGAGUAGAGACGGGCAACCUCAAGGCUUAGUUUUCGACUUGGCUCUCUUUGAGCCAAUGCGUGGGCGGGCGUAUCUCCUUAGAUGUGCUUAGAUUUUGGGAUACCAAUUAUUUCUUCGUUUAAGAGAGAAUUUUAUGAAAU